AUUGAUGAUACAGAACAAGAUCCAAUGCAAUUAAUUAAAAUCACUACCUUUUUAUCAUCUAUCAUCAUAAAAAUGGCUUUUAGGAGAUCUAAGAUUUGGUUUACAAAUUUAUUUGCAAGUUUAUGCAGAAGACCCCAAUUCUUAGGAUCACUUCAGUUGAUAUUAUGUUCACUUCAUGUAAUAUCACAUACUGAAGAUCAUGAACAUUGUUUGGAAAUAAAAAGAAUGGAAAAGGUUGAUCCUAAAUCUAGAAUUAUAAGUGAUCCUAAUAUUUGGCCAUUAGUGGUCAUAGAUAAUUUAGAUACAAAACAAAAAACAUUCAAGCAUAAUAAUUAUUAUAAUGAAGGAAGAACAUCAUUCCAUGUUGUACUUAGAAUAUGCUUUUUUUUUAUUCUUCCUUUACCUAUUUGUGAAAUUGUUGGUGAAGAAUCAAUGAUUUAUGAAAAAAAAACCAUAUUUUUGAUCUAUCAAGAAAUCAUUAAACAUAUUCCAAAAGGAAUAUUGGUACCACCACCAAAAGUUGUGAUUUUAGAAGCAGGUGGAAAGCCUGAUGAUGAUCAAGGCAUUUAUGAAUCAAUUGAAAUGUUUCUGGAUGAAAUUAAUACAGCUGAUGCAAAAGCUUUUGGUGCUAAAUACUUGGCCAGGCUGUUGGAAUUGAUUUGGGUAGGAGUAGGCAUGGCUUUAAGUAUUUUUACAACUAAACAUCAAGUAUCUAUUGAUGAGCUUUUAGAGAAUCCUCCAAAUAUAAAUUCACUUAAAGAACCAUUGUGGAAAUUAACAACAGAUUUAUUAGAUCUGUUUGAAAAUUUUAAUUCAAAUAUGACUCAUCAUUUAAUUGAAAAGGUACCUGAGUUAACAACUGAUGGUUUUAAUUCACUUUUCAAUAGUUAUGAUAUUGGUAAAAGAAGGAUGGAAACCCUAUUGAACCAAGAAGUUUAUGGAACUGAAGAGAUAAAUACAAUUAGUCGUAGAUCAACAAAUGUAAAAGUAUAUAAAUAUGAAAAACUUGUUGAAAUUUAUUCAAAAAAAAAAGAGAAAGGAAAAGCUUGUGAUCUAGAAGAAAAUAUAGAAGCAACUGAAAGACCAUCUAAUUUUAAUAAUAAUCCUAUUGAUCUUUCUGUUCCAAUUGAAGAAGGUGAAAGUAGUAAUAAGAGACGAAGAACAACAGAACAUGAGCAUUCCAUCCUGGAUCCUCUUGUUGAAAUGGAUACUAAACCAACCAAGGAUCAAAUUAACAGAGCAAUUGAGAAAACAAGGUGGGAUAGAAAAAAAGUUCUAGGCAUUUCACUUUUUUUUUAA